GCUCUGGUGCCGAUACGGAGAAAGGGUGAGUGCUUGCACUGUUGCGUGCUUGCGGACUUCCCGCCAGCGCCAAGCGGCUGGCCUCCCCGGCCAAGUGGGGAGAGGGCAGGCGGGUGGGCAGGUGGCCCCGGGCCGCCGCGCCCGCGCCUUGGCUCUACCCCUGCAGCCCAGCCAGCCGCUCCCUCGUGGUGUGAGGGCGGUGAUGUUUUUUCCUCCCUCCCACUUUUGAGCACCCCCUCUCCUUAAGCUCACUCUAGUGCCCGGCCACAACCUGCGAACCCCAGACCUCUGAGGAACACCCGGGGGAGCCCUGAGCGUGUGUACACGUGACAGACGGAGACCAGCACCCAGUUUGAGUACACUACACCUUGAAGGUUCUGAGUUGCAUUUUGCAGUGGUCUCAAUGAGGAAAAAGUGGAAAAUGGGAGGCAUGAAAUACAUCUUUUCCUUAUUGUUUUUCUUUCUUUUCCUCGAAGGAAGCAAAGCAGAACAAGUAAAACAUUCAGAGACAUAUUGUAUGUUUCAAGACAAGAAGUACAGAGUGGGUGAGAGAUGGCAUCCUUACCUGGAACCCUAUGGGUUGGUUUACUGUGUGAACUGCAUCUGCUCAGAGAAUGGGAAUGUUCUUUGCAGCCGAGUCAGAUGUCCAAAUCUUCAUUGCCUCUCUCCUGUGCAUGUUCCUCAUCUGUGCUGCCCUCGCUGCCCAGAAGACUCCUUACCUGCAGUGAACAAUAAAAUGACCAGCAAGUCCUGUGAGUACAACGGGACCACUUACCAACAUGGAGAGCUAUUUGUGGCUGAAGGGCUCUUUCAGAACCGGCAACCCAAUCAGUGCACCCAAUGCAGCUGCUCGGAAGGGAAUGUAUAUUGCGGUCUCAAGACUUGCCCCAAAUUAACCUGUGCAUUUCCAGUCUCUGUUCCAGAUUCCUGCUGCCGAGUAUGCAGAGGAGAUGGAGAAUUAUCGUGGGAACAUUCUGAUGGUGACAUCUUCCGGCAACCUGCCAACAGAGAAGCAAGACACUCCUACCAUCGCUCUCACUAUGAUCCUCCACCAAACCGACAGGCUGGUGGGUUGCCCCGCUUUCCUGGGGCCAGAAGUCACCGAGGAGCUCUUAUGGAUUCUCAACAAGCAUCAGGAACUAUUGUGCAGAUUGUCAUUAAUAACAAACACAAGCAUGGACAAGUGUGCGUUUCAAAUGGAAAGACCUAUUCCCAUGGCGAGUCUUGGCACCCAAACCUCCGUGCAUUUGGCAUUGUAGAGUGUGUGCUGUGCACUUGUAAUGUCACGAAGCAAGAGUGUAAGAAAAUACACUGCCCCAGUCGGUAUCCCUGCAAAUAUCCUCAAAAAAUAGAUGGAAAGUGCUGCAAGGUGUGUCCAGGUAAAAAAGCAAAAGAAGAACUUCCAGGCCAAACCUUUGAUAACAAAGGCUACUUUUGUGGAGAAGAGACAAUGCCUGUAUAUGAGUCUGUGUUCAUGGAGGAUGGGGAAACUACCAGAAAAAUAGCACUAGAGACAGAGAGACCACCUCAGGUAGAAGUCCAUGUUUGGACCAUUCGAAAAGGCAUCCUCCAGCAUUUCCAUAUUGAAAAGAUCUCUAAGAGAAUGUUUGAGGAACUCCCUCACUUCAAGCUGGUAACCAGGACAACUCUGAGCCAGUGGAAGAUAUUCACUGAAGGAGAAGCUCAGAUCAGCCAGAUGUGUUCAAGCCGUGUGUGCAGAACAGAGCUUGAAGAUUUAGUCAAGGUUUUGUACCUGGAGAGAUCUGAAAAGGGCCAAUGUUAGGCGAGUCAAAAAGUAUUAGAUAGGGUCAAGCAAGAAAACUCAAGCUGCAGCUGGACUGUCAGCUUACUUUGCUUAAUUCAACAGUACCCUAUAAUGCCAAACUUGAAUGCAGUUAUUCACACCAUGCAUAGCAUAACUUGCUCCUUUAUGUGGAGUGGUGUGUCAGCCCUUAUCCACCUCCUCUAAAGAGACUAAAGAAUCUUGAAUGAUUUGUGGGAAGAGGAGGGAUCGAACACCACCACACAGCUCUAGUUUCUUGGAGAAUCACAUUUCUUUACAUGCUGAAGAGCAAAUGAAACCACAGAGUUUCUAUCUAAAAUGUUAUUCAAAUGAAAGAAAGAGAAGGGAAUUGAUUAGUAGGAAUUCUGGAGAAUAGAGCGAUUAUUCAUAUGAAAUGAUACUGUUUGAAUGUUAGAAAGUCUUUUGUUCUUUAAAAGAAAAUUAACUGCCCAUAUGCACACACACACACACACACACACACACACACACACACACACACACAAAGAGAGAGAGGGAGGGAGAGACAGAGAGACAGAGAGAGAGAGAGAGAGAGAGAUAAAACUACAGCCUCUGCAUGGAGACAAAGCCUACAAUCUGCCUUUCUCUGCCUGAAACACCUUGGAGGUGAUCUGCACCCAAGAGGAAAAAUAAAGCCUUUUAAGCAAAAGGCUCUGUUCUUAGGCCUUUGAGAUGGCUCUUGAAUUCAGCAACUAUAGUGGCAGGGUAAAGUAUAAAAGCACCAUUUCUGGCCUCAUCCACUUUAAGGUGAUAAAUAACUUUUCCCUACUGAUAGAACUUCUUUUUUCCCCUAUGAAAUCUCCAAAAAGAAAUUAGAUCGGGUAAUAUCAGAAGCUGAAUCGAUAUAAACAAAGUAAUUGUUGAAAAAAGGAACUGAUAAAAGUCAGAAAGGUUAUCUUAUUGUUUUGAUAGCAUAAAAAUCUACCAGUUAGUAAAUCAACAUUCAGUAAUUUUCUUGAGGCUGUACUUGUGUAGCCAGAAAAUUUAGGCUGGAUUAUUAAAUUCUAGACAACCCUUAAAAGGGCUGUUUUCCUUCUUCAAGAUUUGAGAUUUCACUGUGCAAACAGGCUCAGUCUUCAUGAGAUUCUGAAUGUUGGUUCUUCAGUUAAGAGAGUUACUGUUUGUUUAAGGAGCUGAGAAUUCUGAUAAAGCCCCUUAUCCUAAAUAUCUGUACCAUUUUCAUCUUAUCCAACAAGCGCAAAUUUCCACUGGUAUUCUAGAAAAGACCGUUCAUAAAAUGUCUAUGUGCAGUACCAUACAAGAGCAUAGAUAAUCAAUUCUGAAGUCUGGAUUUAGACAUCAUCUCUGUGGGAAGACUAAAUUUUUCACAAAAAAGAACCUCAAGCAUGCAUCUGGAUUUGUCCUCUCUGAGGGUCAUAAUGAACUCUAAUGAGUAUUAAUAGAAGUAUUGAGGACUCAGAAAUCCCAUAUUUCCCACUCUAUGAUGAUGGGGGAGAGAACAGUUUUCCCUUAAUGUAUUUGACAUCGAUAGGGAAAAAUGUAAAAGGCCCAGUAUUAAUGGCAAUCUGCCAUAAAAGAGUAUGUUUCUGUAAAAGAGACAUAAGGACCUCAUGGCAAGGAAUUCAUGGGGCAUUCCUUACCCCGUCCCACCACACACAUUCUCUUUUGGAGAGGAAGGUAGGACAUCCUGGGCUGAAAAGCCACAAAGCAUUAUUGAAAGGGGAGUCACGGUGCUUGACAGCUGCUGCCUCCCUUUCAAUGGCAGUCAUUUCCGUAGCAUAGAGACCACUAGCUGGAUCCUGAAGCAAAGUGGUGAUUCCACUUCUAGAUGCUUCACCCCAAAGGCUUCCCAGGGCUUCUCUGAAUGAUCAUCCUUAAAGUGACACCCAGAGAGCUUCCCUAGAUAAAUGCCUGACUCUUGGUGCUGGGACACAUCUUCCCAGAGUGUUGUGGGAAGCAGGAGUUGGUGAGCUAUUUCAAUGAUCAUAGAAAUCUUCCAGUGUUUGGUAUUGUGUAGAGAGUAGGUCUUAGGAAAAAGGCCAAGCCACCUGUAGUUAGUAGAGAAAAUGGAUGUGGUUCUUCUUGUGUAUUUAUUUGUAUCAUAAACACUUGGAACAACAAAAACCAUAAGCAGCGUUUCACAGUAACAGCCAUUUUCUAGUUAACUCAUGUAAACAAAUAAGAGUAACAUAACAAUAUUACCCUUUCACUCUUCUCAUAGGACAGGUACCUCAGCAUGGUACUUAUUUAUGUAGUCACUGUAUUUCUGGAUUUCUAAAUUAAUAAAAAUUUUAAUUUUGAAAAGUA